AUGUCCAACAGUAGCUCCAUCCGGCACUUCCUCCUGCUGGCAUUGGCAGACACGCGGCAGCUGCAGCUCCUGCACUUCUGCCUCUUGCUGGGCAUCUCCCUGGCUGCCCUCCUGGGCAACGGCCUCAUCAUCAGCGCCGUAGCCUGCGGCCACCACCUGCACACGCCCAUGUUCUUCUUCCUGCUCAACCUGGCCCUCAGCGACCUGGGCUCCAUCUGCACAACUGUCCCCAAAGCCAUGCACAAUUCCCUCUGGGACACCAGGAACAUCUCCUACACUGGAUGUGCUGCUCAGCUCUUUUUCUUUAUGUUCUUCAUCUCAGCAGAGCUUUUCCUCCUGACCAUCAUGUGCUAUGACCGCUACGUGUCCAUCUGCAAACCCCUGCACUACGGGACCCUCCUGGGCAGCAGAGCUUGUGCCCACAUGGCAGCAGCUGCCUGGGCCAGUGCCUUUCUCAAUGCUCUCAUGCAUACUGCCAAUACAUUUUCCCUGCCCUUGUGCCAUGGCAAUGUCCUGGGCCAAUUCUUCUGCAAAAUCCCACAGAUCCUCAAGCUCUCCUGCUCACCUUCCAACUUUAAUCAACUGGGGCUCAUUGCUGUUAGUGCAUCUUUAGGACUUGGAUGUUUUGUGUUCAUUGUUUUCUCCUAUGUGCAGAUCUUCAGAGCUGUGCUGAGGAUACCCUCUGAGCAGGGACGGCACAAAGCCUUUUCCACCUGCCUCCCUCACCUGGCUGUGCUCUUCCUGUUCCUCAGCACUCUAAUCUUUGCUCACUUGAAGCCCCCCUCCAUGUCCUGUCCAUCCCUGGAUCUGGCCCUGUCAGUUCUGUACUCAGUGGUGCCUCCAGCCCUGAAUCCCCUCAUCUACAGCCUGAGGAACCAGGAGCUCAAGGCUGCAGUGUGGAGACUGAUCACUGGAUGCUUUCAGAAACAUUAA